AUGACCAAGUGGGGAUGUCCGACUACGUUACUGUCGGACAACGGACUGCAUUUCUGCUCGAAGCUCUCUUUGGCGAUCUACGAGGUGAUGAAGAUCAAGAAGGUCACCACCAGCUCCUACCACCCACAGACCAACGGCGGCACGGAACACGUCAACCACACAAUGGCCCAGAUGCUUGCGGUGGUCGUCAACGAACAGCAAAACGAUUGGGACAUACAUCUCCCGUACGUUGAGUUUGCCUGCAACAAUUCCGUGAACCAGUCUACUGGACUAGCGCCAAACGAGAUCCACAUCGGACGCAUCCCGCGACUCCCCCUUUCGGUCUUCGAUCAUCCCACGGUAGGUGGUCAUCAAAGCUUGGCCCGCGAUCAACUCCAGUUUUGCAACCUGGCCGUCGAUCGCCAGCGCCGGGCCUACGAACUUGUCCGUGAGUACAACGCGCUGAAGAUUUCGCGAGUCGAACGCCGAAAUUCAUCCCUGCUGGACGCCAUUCACAAGCUCCCUCAGGUCACCGUUGGCGGGUGGGCUUGGGUGUACAAUACGGCUGCUACAAUUCGACAGGGUGUGUGUGCAGAAGGACACGGACCAACAGGUGCUCAAGGCCAAAUUCGCACUUUCCUGGACGGGGCCCUACAAAGUUCUUGCGGUGGGUCCCGCCUCUGCCGACGCCACUCCGGACGGCCGCCCGUUGGCGCGUAAACUCCUCUACCUGGACCUGCCUUUCGAUCUUUCCGGCCCGGCAGCUCGUUGUCGCGUGUCU